AUGUCCGAUACUUGUAUUGUUUGUCUCGGAGACCUUGGCGAAAGCCCUGAUCCUCUCGUCAUCGAGCCUGCCGUGCCAAGCCUUGAUAUCGGCAAUGCGAAGGCCGCGCUCGAUGGCGACGAGGGUCAGAUCGCUCAGCUGCUUCCCUGUGGGCACAUCCUACACAACGAUUGCCUGAAGCCCUGGGUCGAGCGCGCGAACAGCUGCCCGAUAUGUCGACGCAGCUUCAAUAUGGUCGAGCUGAGUGAUCGACCGGGAGGUCCCGUCGUCUCAUCGUAUGCCGUUGAAGACCGAGUCCAGGUGGCCGAGGUUGAUCCUUCGAUGGUGAUCGAAUAUGUCGAAGAUGACCUCGCCGACUUCUUCCAGCCGUGCACCAUCUGUGGGGAGGCGGAUAAUGAAGAUGUACUCCUGCUCUGUGAUGGCUGCGAUGCUCCCUCCCAUAUCUACUGCGUGGGUCUAGACCAGAUUCCAGCAGGGAACUGGUACUGUCAGGUGUGCGAGUCCCAGCGAGCGCUCGGUCCAGCCCCCGAGGUUUCCGCCCGACCCUCCCGCGCGAACGAACGGCGUAGUCGUCGGACACGGGCCCAGCGCCGCCAGUUGCAGAACCGGACCCAGCUGAAUUCCGUGCAUUGGGCCCGGGUCUGGCAAUCUGUCUGGGAUAACUUGAACCUGGACCUGGACUUCCCGUUCGACGACGAUCGCUCGGCCGAACGUAUACUGCAGCAACAACGUCGGGAGGAGGCCAAUCAGCGCGAAUUUCGUGCUUGGCAACGUCGCUUCGAAGUCGCGGAGCGUCAAGGCGGUCACAACCGGUUCCGGGACACUGCUUCGCUUUUUGAUCUUGAGGCUCCUCCACGCCCAUCGCGUCCUCGUGUGCCCAGGGAGCCAACUCCCGAACCCGAAUCCCUGGAGGAGAUGCGCGCUUGGAACGCAUUUGAGCGGGCUCGAGAGAUCGAAAAUAAUCCAAAUGCGUCCAGCAGGAAGCGAAAGGAACCGACGCUUUCUCCAUCCCCCGAGCCCACUGAACCGCAGCGGAAACUGAAGCGUCCUCGAACGAGACGCCCCCAGGAGCUCGCGGCCAUGGCUCAGCAAAAUGGCGAAUCUUCUCGAGCUGCCAGCUCAAACGCGCGAGCUAACCCAGACCACCACCCGGGUGAACCGAGUUUCUUGUCAUCGCUUCUAAAGGAAGUGCAAGAUGCGUCGACUUCAAGCCGAACAAACUCCCAUGGACCAUCAGCUCCGUCAUCCACCGUGCCUACCGACCAUGCUACAUCCGGGCCUUCUUCUCCUUCCAUCUCGCCCCCUUCCUCCAACCACUCCUCUCCUCGCCUGUCAUCCACAACACCGCCGCCUUUCCGAGGUCGACUUAUUUCUCCCAUCCGACUGUCGUCUCCGCCGGAAUCUACAUCGCCUCCUUUCUCUCCCGAAGUAUCGUUCUCCGGAAGUCCCACGUCCCCUCAAUCUGCAACCGAGAAAUCUCCUGCAACCUCUCGUGUUCCUCGCUCCCGUGUUCCCCGACGAGCGAUGCACCUAGCACAUUCCCGAUCACCCGAUACAUCACCCCAUCGAUCCGGUCCAUCUCUGUCUGUCAAAUCCGACAUUCAGAAAAUGGUCGGCACCGCCUUGAAACCUCACUACAAGAGGAAAAUGGUAUCGAAGGACCAAUACACCGAUAUCAACCGGAGUAUAUCCCGCAUGCUAUACGAACGAGUCGGAGAGAUCGAAUCUCUGGAACCCGAUUCGCGCGAUGACCUCGAUCGAGCUGCGAAAUUCGAAGUCCAGCGAGCUAUCGACGCUUUGCCUUCGCGAGGUAGUAAAGAGAAACAACCCAUGACGACGGCGGACUCAGAUGGCGAUGGCGAUGUAUAA